AUGGACUGGCUGUCAAAGUUGGGCGGCAGCGCCUCGGCUGCUCCCGCCAAAGCCCCCGCUCUGUCACUCUCGUCAAUCUCCCAGUCGCUUCCCAGCAUCCCACGCUCAAAGCUCCCGGACCUGCAUCACCCCUAUGUCGCCAUUGGGGGGGCUUCUCUCGGCAGUCUGUUGGUGCUGGGCACCCUCAUGAGUGUUCUCAAGUCUGCCCCCACCACCAUCAUCCCAUCGCCCGUGCAGACAAAGCUGCCGCAAUUGUCCGAGGAAGAUGUCCAAGAGCUCCCUUACCCGCCGAAUGCCCUACCAGGAGCAAGAGAUGUCAAUUCGCCGUAUGGCAGCGUCAGAGUGUACGAAUGGGGUCCAGAGGACGGUGACAAGGUCCUACUCAUCCACGGAAUCUCCACGCCGGGCAUCGCCAUGGCAGAUCUGGCACACAAGCUGUCCUCGCCUAUCGCUUGGUCCGGCCACCGAUCUUUCACCAUUAUUGGCUACUCCCUAGGUGGUGCCAUUGCAGCUGAUUUUGCUUCUUACUUUCCCUACAAUGUCCGUGGACUCGUUCUUGUGGCCCCCGGAGGACUCAUCCGGAAGAGGAACAUCACCUUCAAGAGCAAGCUUCUCUACCAAAGCAGCUGGUUGCCAGAGUGGAUGGUGCACAGAAUGGUUGCCAACAGACUCUGGACUGGAAAGCACAGCCUGAAAGCCCCAGAACCAGAACCUGAGCCCGAAGCCAUUGAAGUCGCAGAAACGACGACUACCAAGACGGUGGAUGCCGACACCAGGUCCGUACGCUCUGGAAAAUCGAGCAAAUCUGGCAAGUCCAAGUCGUCUUUCUUCAGCGAUAUGGGCCGGAAACGCAAGUCCAAGAGGCGCGAGAGUUCCCCUGGAAGCAGAGUCAGCACCAUAUCAGAGACCCUGGCCGGUGUUGAGGAAGACGAACAUGACGAGGAAACCGUCUUCUUGUCCUCUAACAAGGCACUUCUGAAGCACAACCCGAACAGUACCGUCUCGGCUGUGGUAGAUUGGCAGGUCCUGCACCACAAGGGCUUCGUCCCCGCCUUCGUCUCGUCCAUCCGCCAUGCACCAGUUCACGAGCAGCAGCACCGAUGGACCAUCAUCAAGGAGAACAUCGAGUCAGGUAAGGGUCCACUGAAGGAGGUCUGGCUUGUGCUCGGCGAGACCGAUCCCAUCAUCAUCAAGGAGGAGCUCGUGGAAGACGCAACAGCUGCCCUUGGCGAAGACCACCUUCGCGUCCGGGUCGUAGAAGGCGUAGGCCACGAGAUUGCCGUCGAGAGAGCAGAUGAGAUUGUGCAGGUUGUGGGCAGUGUGUUGGGGUGGCACAAGAAGCCGCACUCGUCCAAGUCGAAGAAACACUCCAUGUUCUAG